GCUUCAUAAGCUGCAGUCCCCCUUCCGUCGGGAUAUUCUGCAUCCCUCCUCGUCUCUCUCGCCCCCUCUCGCUCUCCGACGACUGGUGGACAGCCGCCGCCGCCGCCGCCCUAAGCCAUCUCCCUCGCAGCGCCGACGCUCAUCUCCCUCGCAGCGCCGCUCAGGCUCGGUCCCUCAGCGCAGAUCUUCUGCUCCUCCCCCACUCGCGCUCAGGCUCGGUCCCAAGGAUCGGAUCUUCCGCGCGUCGGCGGCUCCCCCUCGGCGGUGUCCAGCGACGGAGGGGCAGUCCCAGGCUCGGCGGCGGCGUCGGCGGCUCCCCCAUCGCCUCGCGCCCUCGCCUGCGUCCUCCGCGCACCGGCCGACGACCCUGCGUACGCACCUCCCUCUCCCCUCCCGCCUCUGCUGUUCCCGUGGGAGCCCGGCCAGCUGCCCAGGGUGGCCGGGCCUUGGCUCCGCUGGUUUUAGCGAUCACUGGUAGCGACUUCAUCAAAGACAUUUUGCAAAAUUAUGCGAUCUUCAUGGGCUGAUUCAGUUGCGAACGCCGAGGAAUCGGCGCCCGCGACUGUAACUGCUACUGCCCCUGCUGCUAAUCAUCAGAACUCGCGCCCCACCCUCAGUGCAUACGUUCCUCCCCACCUUCGUGGCCGCUCAGGUGGUCCUCUCCCUGAGAACAAAGCAGCGCCUGCUGCAGCUCCUGCACCAGCUGACGUAAGGCCUGCUACUGUGCAGCCUUCUGGUUACGCAGCUGUUGUUGGUGGCGGCUCUCGCUGGGCAGGCCCUGCUGUUGGUGGUAGUGGCGGCGGUGGUGGUAGCGCCAUAGUUGGUCCUCGCCAGGGUGGUGGCGGUCGAGGCGGUGGUUGGAACUCCCGACCUGGGUGGGACCGUAGAGACCGUGAACCAAACCCUUUUGCCAAUACAGAGGCUGCAGAUGUUGAUUUCGAGAGUCAGGAGAAUACAGGCAUCAAUUUUGACGCCUAUGAGGAUAUUCCUGUUGAGACAAGUGGCCAUGACGUCCCUCCGCCAGUCAAUACCUUUGCAGAGAUUGAUUUGGGUGAUGCAGUGAAUGAGAAUAUACGACGGUGCAAGUAUGUGAAGCCAACACCGGUACAGCGACAUGCUAUUCCUAUCGCCAAUGCAGGUCGGGACCUCAUGGCUUGUGCACAGACAGGGUCUGGAAAGACUGCAGCCUUCUGUUUCCCUAUCAUUAGUGGGAUCUUGAAGUCAAGGGACUUGAGGCCACCCCAGACCCAGAGGCAAAGAGCCAGGGCUGCUUGCCCUCUGGCAUUGAUACUAUCCCCUACUCGUGAGCUAUCUAUGCAAAUUCAUGAAGAAGCAAAGAAGUUUUCAUACCAAACUGGUGUGAGGGUGGUUGUUGCAUAUGGUGGAGCACCAAUACAUCAGCAGCUGAGGGAACUGGAAAGGGGUGUCGAAAUCCUUGUGGCAACUCCUGGUCGUUUGAUGGACCUGUUGGAGAGAGCCAGAGUGUCACUGCAAACGAUAAAGUAUUUAACUCUUGAUGAAGCUGAUCGAAUGCUCGAUAUGGGCUUUGAGCCACAGAUCCGCAAGAUUGUUGAGCAAAUGGAUAUGCCCCCUCGUGGUGUGAGGCAGACUAUGCUGUUUAGUGCUACUUUUCCAAAAGAAAUCCAGCGGCUGGCUUCAGAUUUCCUUGCUGAUUACAUAUUCCUUGCUGUUGGAAGAGUUGGUUCCAGUACGGAUUUGAUUGCUCAGAGGGUUGAGUUUGUUCUUGAGGCAGACAAAAGAAGUUACCUUAUGGACCUUCUUCACGCACAAAAAGCCAACGGCACCCAUGGAAAGCAAUCUCUUACUUUGGUAUUUGUGGAGACGAAGAGAGGAGCUGAUGCUCUGGAGGACUGGCUGUUUAAAAACGGGUUCCCUGCAACAAGCAUUCACGGUGACCGAACACAACAGGAAAGAGAGUACGCAUUGAGGUCCUUCAAGAGUGGAGCAACACCCAUACUUGUUGCAACUGAUGUGGCUGCUCGCGGACUUGACAUACCUCACGUUGCUCAUGUCAUCAAUUUUGACCUCCCAAAUGAUAUAGAUGACUAUGUUCAUCGUAUUGGGAGGACAGGACGAGCGGGGAAAUCUGGUCUAGCUACUGCCUUUUUCAACGAGGGCAACCUAUCACUAGCAAGGCCAUUAUGUGAUCUAAUGCAUGAGGCUAACCAAGAGGUCCCAACAUGGCUUGAGAACUAUGCUGCCCGUUCUUCAUACGGUGGUGGCGGUGGUAGAAAUCGCCGAUCAGGUGGUGCUCGAUUUGGUGGCCGUGACUUCCGCCGUGACCGGGACUUCAGGGGAGGCGGCGGCGGAGGAGGAUAUAGUGGCGGUGGUUAUGGUGGUGGUGGUGGAUAUGGCGGCAGCUACGGUGGAGGUGCAACUAGUUCCUGGGACUAGAUACUGAUUCCUAGUCAAUCGAGAACUGAACUGAGAUGUGUUCUGUUGGCAUUAACCGAAAACAGAUGUUGAGUUUGUAGUCAACCCUAGGGUGGUUGGUAUGGUGCUGGAGAAAGUCCCCAUAUACCUUAGUGGAGGUUGGUUAUUGGCUUAUUGGUUAUUGCUCUCUGUUUGCCCGUGCUGGGCUAUUAUUUGUUACCGAGUGUUAUUGCCCGUGUGGAGGUAGUUGGGAACUUGGGAUGUUCUUUGCUGCUCAUGUUACUAGUUUUGGAUGAUGUGUAUUAUUGGGUUGUUGGUUAAUAGUUUCUGGUGGUCUCGUUGCUACGGAGUAUUAUUAUACCACUGAUAAAAAUGGAAAUGCCUUCCAUUGCAGCUAAUUAUUCA